AAAAAAGGUUGUAAUAACUUAAAAAUUGUAAAAAGUUCAUUGGUCUUAAAUAUUUUGCAUCAUGUGUACAAAAUUUUUAUUUUAAGUUUACAGUGCUCAACCACUUUAACUUAUUUUUGUCAUAGAACUCAAAAGUUUAACGGUUAACCGCCUGACGUCACACGCACGUGCGUACGAUGUACGUUCUUCGUCUUUACCCGGGAGAAAGUUCGCCAUUUUGGUUUGUUGGCCUCGAAUGCGUGCGUGGAGACAAUGGCAUUUAUAGCAAUAAAUUAAUAUAUUUUCUUCACGGAAAUUCACAGUGGGGGUUUCUGUGAAUUCUUUUAAUGAGACACGCGUUUUAGCAUGCAGCAGUUUUACGAAGAUCAUCGGACAAAGUUCUACUGUGUAUUGACCACGUUGUCUGCUGUAAUAUCGAUUUUGGUUUUGGCCGCGUUGAUCUGGUAAGUAAUCUGUUUUAACACUAUAUUUUAAUGUCGUGUUAUUAUCUUCAUGCAUAAAAUAUACUUGGUAUCUGUUGAUACAGUUUAUGCAUUUACCUAUGUGAUGUGAUUAUGUGAUGUGCGUGUCAAAUUAGGAAGCUGGUAACGUUAAUUAGUGCAUUUUGGGGCAUUACAUUAUGUUUAGGAGGGCAUAUUUUAAUGAAAUUUACAACUUUUUGUACGUUUUAUAAGGGGGCGUUUAUAAAAUGCAACGUAAUCCUUGUUUAACAUAAUCACAGUUGAUUUGCGUUUUGUGCCCGGUUUAUACAUGUCUUAAAGUUUUAAAUCACCUUUUCCCAAAUCAAGGCCAUAAAAUGUCUAUAAUCCAUAUGGUCAUCAUGGCAUUAAAUUGCGCAAGACAUUUUAAUUUCUUGCGUUUCAUUAUAAAUGAAGAGAAGCCGAGUUCCCACGGUUUAGAAUAGAUUGCUAAACACUUAAUGAACAAUGUGCAGUAGAUGGCAGUGUAUGCUACUUCAUCUGUCAUGCCUUUGCAGACUUGCAGAGCUUGAGGAGAGCGUAUUUUUUCGGUGCCUAUAUUAAUGCCGAAACGAUCGCUGAACCGCACGCGUCACCCUCGCGUAACGUUACCAGGAGUGGCGUUGGAGCAGCAGUCCUGCGAUCGUCCAGCUCUAUUUUUGCUGCUCACGCCCAAUUAAAGUGACAACGCAUUGUUUAUGGUUUAAAUGCUCACGAAAAAGUGUUAUUUUACCAUUAAAUCAUGAAUGGUGGCAAGUGUGUUUUAAGCCGUCACAAUGACUUUCACCAGUUAAAAAAAGCAUAAAAUAUUUAAAAACACACUGUUGCCAGAAGAAUGCGCUGUUAUUCACUAUCUACCCAGCACUAAAUACAUUUCCAUCUUUCUUAACAACCUUCAGAGAAACCGAUACAUUUAUAAAUCUAAAUCUGCUUAUUGGCUACUGAUGAAGAGGAACAAUUGCACAAUGCUGUCACUGAGUGAACCCAUUUAUUUUAUUGCAAAACUUCAGAGAAAUAGAUAUGAUAAUGUGCCAUGGGGUGCCAUACUCUGACCAGAACAACACAGAAACAAUGUGGAUUAAACAAAGCGGUUAUAUAAACUACAUUUGAUAGUCACAAAGAGGUUUUUCCUCAUAAAAUUAUGUUAAACAAUGUAAUGUGAACUUGAUAUUGUUGUACUGGUGAUGCUUUGAGUUAACAAAAUCAUCAUCUGUAGAACAACUUGGCAAACAUUCGCAAAUGCUCCCUUUCUAAGUGACUUAAGUGCCACUGUUAAAAUAAACAUUAAAACAUUUAUGUACUAUUAAACUUGUAGCCUUGUUUUUUUUCCUGAUUUUGUUACUUUUACUUUUAAUGUACCACUAGGAUAAAUACGUAUACUGUUUUAUUUUGCCAAUGUCCAUAAAGACAUGCUUGUGUUAUUAAGAUGAGACAUUUAUUUGGUUAUUCACCUUUUACAUUUAAUAAACAGACCAUACACUGGCAUUGUUUAUGUGAACAUUGCAACCUAACUAACUUUUAAAUCUUUCUUUUUUAGGUUAAAGCUGAAACAGCUAGCAAACAAACAGAGUUCUCAGUGUGAAGCUACGAGUGCUGGUACAUUGAGCAUUUAAGAUCAUUUAAGCUGACAUCAUUGGACAACUUCUCUGUGCAUGAGCUAUCAGACCUAAAUGACACAGAAUGGAACCUCAGAACUUUUUCCUACAUGUCCAUACAUCCACAGACAUUGUGAGGAAGAUGACUUUAUCUUCACGUCCAGCAUCUGUGGAAGACCUAAAAAGAAAUAUAAAAGAGAAAUUUAAUCUCAACUUUGACUUUAUCCUAUCAUACCAAGAUCCAGACUUUGAUGGGCAGCUAUGUUCCCUUUUAGACAUUGAGGAACUUCCACAGAAGGCUGUCCUUAAAGUGGUGCGAUCUGAGAGUGUUGCAAGUUCAUCAGAUGACACUGUUAUAUUGCCACAUGAAGUGAUUCCAGAGAGGACUGAGAAAUGGCCUGAUGUUUUUACAGUGCCCACUUUUUCCUUUGAAGUAGAACUUGUACUUGCUGAUGGAAAUGCUGCAUAUGAGACAACAAGAAAGACUUGUAGGUUAACUAGAGGACAAAAGCACAACAUUCUUGAGACCCUGGCAGCCAAAAUGCAUAGUUUCAAAGCAUACCCUAAGGAUAAGGAAGUUUCUAUGGUUGCAGAAGCCCUUGUCAACAAGCAUCCCUGUCUACGAGAGCCUGGCUCUCAGACAGGUUGGUAUGGGUGGAAAAACAGUUUAAAAUUUAAGAUGGGGAGCUACCGCACUAAGUUGAGUCGUGCUGGAUCUCAUGAAGUUGCUGUGAAUUCCGGAAAGAGGAGUAAAAACAACCCACAAAGAGAUGCCCCUCACACAAACAUCAAAAGACCAAAAAGGGCAGAGAUAAAUUUCCUUCCAAAUUUUCCAAGAGGUGAAGAUGCUGCAAGCCUCGAACAACUAAGACUGAGAAUUGUAGAUGAAGCUAAGAUGAGUGACACAAAUCUUGUAUUGAUCACAAAGUUAAUGGACACCACCUUUGCUUUGCGGCGCAAAGAGAUCAUCUGUAAUGAGCUACCAGUUCAUGGAAUCCUGGAACGAUGGGCCGCUCUUAAAAUAGAAUCACAGAUCUGUGCUGAGUUUCAUAGAGUGACAAAUGUCAACCUAAAGAAUCGUUUCUUUGCUCAACUGGACCAACAUGCCCCCCGUCUUCAGAGCCUGUUUCGGAGAAAAGCUUCUCGGACAGGAAAAAUGUCUGAAGUCCUGGAUCAGCUCUUCAGGACUUAUGACCUCCAGGAUCAAUGUGAUGUCCAUGUUAGACGUGCGGUUAUACUCCGGGCUCUCCCUGCAUAUGUGCAUGAGAGUGAUGCCAGCUUUCUCAAGACGUGGGAUGUGUUGCAGUCUGACGAACCAGACAUUGAUGAUGUACCACUUGGGCUCCUCUUAAUCAAUGAAAAUUCAGCAGAUGCCAGUUUUUUCUGCCCAAAGAGGAUUGGAGUUGUGCUUGAGGGGAACAUUGUUAUUGAGUCCUCCACACCCGCUGAUGCAUUUAUCAUUGUCUUUGCACUUACAUACACCCUGCACCUUAACUAUCCAAAAGAGUUGUUGAAUACUUUUGACUUCAUUCAAAAAGUCCUGAUGGGUCUUGAGGAUGGGAAGUUGAGACCCAGAGUUUUGAGUCUGAAAAAUGACUUGUUGGCAGUAGAGUAAGUACAUGUUUGUUUGUUUUUUUGGUGAAACACAUGUAACAGAUACAUGUAAAGGUAUUGUUCCUGAAUCUUGAAUGUGUUGGAGUUAAUAAAAGUUGAAUGAUGUGUAUUUUUACACAUUAUUAUACUUGUGGAAUAUGUUUAUGGAUAUAAUACAUAUGUAGUUGACAAAAACUCUAAUGUGUCCUAUGGUGUGACCACAAAAACUUUUUUGUUGUUGAAGAUUUAUCUCUUAUGCAAUUUGUGUUUCUCAACAGUUUCUUAACAUGUGAGUUUUUCUCAUGUGAUUUGUAAUUACUGUUUUUUUCAAACCUUUUCUAAAUCUCACACCAUAGGAAAUUCUCAUAUAUAAUAAACACAGGUACUGUAGUUCACAAGUAUUGUUGAAUUUUAUGUUUCAGUGAAAAUGUGUGCUUGCAUUAGGCAUAGGCAUUACCCUAUCUUUGUUUAAAAAAUGAAUGAUGUAAAGUUGAGGGAUGAAAUGUUUGCAAGGGAGACUGAAGAUUGAUUGCAGAUUAUUGUGAGAGACAUAUGUUUAAAAUAAUUGUUUGUAAUGUGGAUGUGUUAGGGUUAAAUGCAAGUUUAAUCAUUGCAUGCUUGUGGUAUACAAUUGCACAUCGCCAUACUGUUGCCUUUUUUUCUUUUUGUACUUUUUCUUACAGAAUGUACAUACUUGUAGUUGUAAUGUUAAAGGACUAAAUGUUCACAUAGGAGACUUGCACAUUGAUGUGUCAUUGAUUUGAGAUUUUAUAUCUACAUUACACACAUUUCUGCUUUAUUUUGUGUAUAUCCACAUGUACACACACUUGUGGAAUAACACUUAGUAUAAUAAUAUAUGUGUGUAUUACACUUUAUGCAUUUGCAUUUUAUGUGUUACUGAUUUAAAAAAUGUAUGUUUCCUAAAUUAGUUUAAGUGUGUCAAAGUUAAAUAUUUCAAAUACUUAAUAUUUUAAAUGACUUUGUUUAAAAAUAGUAAUCCUGAUAUAUCCUGAACCCUGACAAGUUGCAAUAUGUAAUGUUUACAUUUGGGACAUUCAUGUGUCUAAGUAUUCUACUUUGUUUAAAAUUUGUAAAACCUCAUGGAUUGUUAUAUUUGGUUAAUAAAAAAGUAACUUGCACUGAAGUCUCUGCAGUUAUAUUGGUCUUAUAUUGGUCUUAUUCAAAAUUAGUGUAUUUACCUAUUUAAAUUAGGUAAUUAUAAGACAGUGUAAGGUUCUCUAUUUAAUGUAAA